UAUCAGUGACUUUCUCUUUGCUGCUAUUGUGUAAGUUAGCUUUUCGGCUACAGCCUCGGGUUGCGAUGUUUUUAAAGAGUGGAGAAAUUGGAUUUUUAGAAGCUCCCACCGAUGGAAUUCAACACUAUCUAUUUAUCUAUCACUAUCUAUAUCUAUUUGUCAGAAGUACUUUGGAUACGAUUUGAACAACCAUGACGACCUCAGCAACAUGCACGGUUGGUUCCAGAAACUCUUGAAAUCGAGAGGAUCUUUAUCAAAGCAACACAAUAAAGAAGCCACAAAAGGUUCAGUGUCUUCUGUUAGUGGUGCAUUAACAUCAUCCUCAUCAACAUUACCAUCGUGCUCUUCGUCGUCGCUGUCAUCAUCACCCGGGGGGACCCCCUCGAAACCACGGCAGCUGCCUACUGUUCUCAGUUGUGAGUUGAGAUGGAAAAGAAAGUAUGACCUAUUUGUUUGUCACAGCAGCGCCCAAAGUGACAUUGAAGAGGCCACACGCCUGGUCUCCUUCCUCGAGGAUUCGCCCCGCAGCCUCAGAUGCUUUCUGUGGCAGAGGGACGCCUGUCCAGGAGGUGCAGUUUGCACCGAGUUUUGUCAGGCAUUGGAGAACAGUCACUUACGAGCUCUGCUUAUCACUCCUAAUUUUGUUCAGGAUGAUUGGUGUAAUUAUAUGAUGCACCAGGUACUGACAGAGGGACCCAUGUCCAAUAGGAUGAUUCCUCUGCUUCACAGCCUGUCCCACUCUCAGUACCCUAAGGAGCUGAAGUUCUACUACUACAUUGACCUGAGCAGGAACCCCAUCCAAGCCUAUACGCUUGUCAACAGGACGGUACUCCAGUACCUGGAGGACCUGGUUAAAAAAGAGGUGACUCAUAAUUUCCAGAUGAGUGGCUCUAGCAGUGGAUUAGAUGGAGCAGACAGCUCAAAAGAAGACAAGCUGAUGUCCCAGCACAGCCCUGCUGGGACUGCUAUUCCACUGGAAGUGAUGCGAAAGAGCCAUAAACACUUUAGUGGCAUUUCCUGUGAUCAGCAGCAGCAGCAAUUAAAGAAUAUGACGCAGGAAGGGAGAAACUUAGCUACUGACUGACCUCCGUUUUAGUGUUCCUUUUAUCACAGCGUGCGGUUAUUGCUUUUUUAACACUGGAUAUGUGGCAGAACAAAAAAAAUGAUCAGCAUGGGAAUUCAAUUUUCCUGUCACAGCUUGUGAACUAUAGUGUGAGUGCGCAAGAUAUUUAAAUGUAAACAUUAAAGGCGUUUGUGUUUGUAGUCUCAGCUUUGUAAUGAGAGGAGGUUGUCUUUUCCACUAGGUGGUGUAUUCUACUGCAAAUUCCAACAAUAGAGAGUACCAGUGAGGAAACAUGAAUGGGUCAUAUCAUGAGGUCUGUGUGUGGGUUGUGUAUGAGAAAGGGAAAUACCCACCCAUUACAAACUGCUGACAGUGGUAUGACAUUUGAACUGGGCUUCGAGUGAUAACACAGGGAAUGUAAUUCCUUUUUAGGAAAAAAAAACACACUUCUUUCUUCAUUUUAAAUUAAAUAUUUCUUUAGACUUAUCAUCUUUUGCUGUUAGUAUUUCUGCCAACCUGCCAACCAUUGUUUCUUGUUUGGAAUUGCAGUGCAUGGGUGUAUUUGAACGUGUGUUGUCCAGACUGUAUCUUCCUGACACUUGGACAGUGUCAGACAGCACCAGGUCCGGUCCAACUAUAACUAAUGAAUAAAUAGUUGAAACAAAGUCUGAUCAAGUUGAAAAUUUGUUAUGAACCCCUAUCGUCCUUCCAAGGGAGCUUUCACUUCUCCUUGGCAGACUUCACUAUUCAUUAAGCAUAGUAACAAACAACAGGUUUUAGAUAGCUGACAUUAAGUUUAGUCCACUCAUCGUGGAAUAUGAAGUAUUCACAGUAUCAAGUGGAGAACAAUGUGUGAUGUUUUUUGUUUUUUUUUCCAAAAAGCAGACAGGGCUUAUAUUCCCUUUACAAGGAAUCGUUUGCACUGAAGAUGUACUACUGUGUUCUGUUCCUCACUCUUCCCCAACCUCCUAAACAACAGCAGACAUUUAGCGCUGCAAACGGAGAUCCCUUAUAAUCGGCUAUUUCGUGCCAAGCCAACGUUGCAACAUAAAAAUUGAGACUAAUCUCUAAAAGGAACAGAUGUUCUAUGAAGCCUUUGUUGUUACCAAAUCCUUGAGCAUGCACAUGUGUACGCACACACACACACACACACACAUUCAGAUGUAGUUAUGUGAAUGGCUGUUAACGUCAGACAAAACACGUGUCACAUUUCACAUACGUAAUGUAAAAAGCAAGCUAAACUAGCGAACUGUGGCCCUAUAAAUGGUCUGAUCACGAUCGCUAAUGAAUGCCAGCAAAUUGCAGAAUGUAAGCUGAAUUCUGUUUUCUCAUGCUGUGCUCUGCUGUGCCGUGUUAGCUAACGUUAAGGCACAGCAUUGUUGGACUUGGACAUGAAUUCUCAAUUAAUGUGAGAAUUUAAUCAAGCUGUUUAUCAGAGAGGAAGCAUAUUUGAGCGCUAGCCUAACAUUAGCUGCCAUAAUGUUAGCUUAUAGCCACCUGUUGCUGUUUAGCUGCUUCAUUGUCAGGAUUCCAGAUGUCUAAUCUUCUGACACUAAGUAAUUGUGACAAUAUUCUGAAUACAUAAGCAUUUUAAUGUAUCCUUUUGUGUGUAAGAGCCCUGACUUCGGUUCAGGUAAUGGCACUUGAAGCGAGUAGUAUAUUUAUGAGU